AGUUGUCAGCCAACGGUUGUGAAGAACGGUCGCGUCUAUAAAUCGUUGCCGUGAAAUAUACCCGUCGCGGACUACUUUCGAUUAAUCUACGGAUUUACUUCAGUGCUUGGUGAUAAAAGAACAAAAAGGUGGAUUUGCUUUGUUCGAUAUCGAACGAGAAAAAAUCGCUCGGUGAGUGAUAUCCUGUGCGACGAUCACUUCUACAGUGUGUGGGUGAAACAAAUUUCUAGUGAUCUGUACCACCAAAACGUGUGCUGUUAGUGCCCCGACAUGAUGUCGGGGACAGACCCCUUCCCCAUCGGGGAUGCGGGUCCGUCUAAUCGAAGGGACGGAGAAUUCGCUGGGCCCCUCUUUCCUGAGUGGGGUGAUCCAAAUGGUAACCACGGAAAGUUAGUGAUGUUGCGAAUGGAAGCUGUCACUGGAAAUCUCCCUGAUGCACCUAUUCUACUCAGGAAGUCAGUGGAAAGCUUCUUGGGUGAAAAAGUGGAUGGAGCUUACCCAGAAUCCAGAGGUGCUUCAUACGUAAUAAAGAUGCGUAACAAGUCACAUGUUGAAAAGCUAAAACGUAUGUCAAAGCUCGCUGAUGGAUUUCCUAUCAGGAUUGUGGAGCAUCCAGUGCUGAAUUUUUCGAAAUGUGUCAUCAACUGUAGCGAAACCCGUGUGUACUCUGACGACGAACUGAUUGACGAACUGCAACCCCAAGGUGUCAAGGAACUACGAAGAAUCACUAAGCGUGAAGGGAAUGAGCGGAUUAACACUCCAACUAUUAUCCUCACUAUUCAAGGUACCGUAGUGCCUGAGAAUAUCUACAUCGGAUGGAUUCGGUGUCGUACCCGCCCUUUCUACCCCUCACCCAUGUUGUGCUAUUGUUGCUGGGAUUUUGGCCACACCCGCGCACGCUGCAAACGCCAGGAUACACCGACAUGUGGAAACUGUUCUGGUAACCAUAUGAACGAAAGGGAAAACUCGUGCAUCGCUGCUGCCUUUUGCAAACGAUGCAACACUGCAUCCCACUCUCUGUCAAGCAGAAAAUGCCCUACCUACGUAAAGGAAGAAGAGAUCCAACAUCUUCGCGUGGAUUUGGAUAUUUCAUACCCAGCAGCGAAACGGCAGUAUGAGCUAAGGCACAACCCUCAAUCGAUGGCAUCAGUGGUAGCCGCCAGUAACGACCAACGCUUCGAGGAACUUUCUGCCAAACUCGACAAUGUUUUGAAGGAAGUAAAACGGAAGGACGAGAAAAUCGAAGCUCUGCUCGCAGAAAUUCGCAAUAAAGAUACUCAAAUUGAAAAAUUGGAAGCAACAUUGAAAAUGACACCGCAAGAAAGGCUGACUCUUGUGAAGGAUCAUGGUACAAUCAAGGACCUCGUUCAAAAAAUUCGUGAUUUGGAAGCCGAACUAGCUAGAAAGGAUAGGGAAGUAGCUGUCAUCAGAGAUGUCUACAUUCCAAAGAAACCCAGCAAUCCGCAAAAGACGAACACCGAUCAGUUCCCGCGCAACGCCAACUCCACCAGGACAAAUACAACGAACGGCGGCCCAGCCGGUGCCUUCGAGACCGACACGUCAUGCACCAAAAACACCGGUACGAAAAAGAAAAUUCCGAAAGACGACAGAUAUGAAUCCUGCAAUAAGCGUACCAAAAACUCAGCCUCACCAACGAAUUUCUCAACGGAAACUGCCGAUAUUGAAAUAUCUUCCGGCGAUGAGCCAAUGCUAAAUGCAUCUGGCUACAUAUCCGACACAUAACCAAAAUCACGAGCAUAGUCCUCUUUCAAAUCGCUACCCAACAUAAAUAACUUAUUCAUGCUAAACAAUGUUCCCCCAUCCCAACCCAGUUGGCCCUAAGAAUGAGCAACAAGAUAAGAGGACU